AUGGAUAUUAUCAAGGAGGAAAAAGAAAGUACAUCGACCACUACUACAACCACUACCACCACCACUUCAUCGACUCCAUCCAAACCACUACAACAUCAACAUCAUCAUCAUCAACAACAUGAAGAAGAAGAAGGUUCGAUUCCAUCAUUAGAUUAUCACCGUGAAUCGCAUCAUCAACCUUCACGUCCUCCACUUAGAAGAAACAAUAUCGGUGGAGAACGUAAUAGUUUAGAGAGAGGAGGAGGAGGAGAGUAUAAUAACCGUGGUGGUGAUGGAAGAGACUAUCGUGAUAGAAGAAAUAAUAGCGAUCCAAACAUGGUCGAUAGAGACUAUGCACGCGAAAAUGGUCAACCACCACCACCACUAUCAAGAUCCAUGAGUGGUUACACCCCUUCAUCACCUGUUCAGUCACCACUAUUGCGUGGAGGAUUGGCCAAUUCAAUGGGAGGGGCAGGUACCUACACUGCAAGAGAAGCUCAAGACUCUUAUCGUUUGAAUAGAGACAGUCGCGAAAGAGAACCAGAACGCGAUCGCGAUGGCCGAGGUGAAUGGGACAACCGACGCGAACACCCACCUGUCGGAGGCAAGCCAGACUACCGCGACAACCGUGACUUUAGAGAUAGAAGCUGGGGAGGUGCUCCAUACCCCGAUAGAGACGGCGGAGGUGGAGGUGGCUAUGGAGACACUCCAAACCGAAGAGGGUAUCCACACAGAGGCAAUUUCAAUCGCGACCGUAGUCCACCACACGGUGAUUGGGAAGCACCCUCUGGCCAGAGCUCCACACCAACCUCAUCCAAUGCACCACCACCACCAGUCCCCACCACACCCAAUACUCCUUACCGAGGUGAAAAGCCAUGGCAACGAGGAGGAGGUGGCGGCGGGUACAGAGGCGAACAUCCCUACGAACGACCACCCUAUCGUGGAGGAUAUGAAAAUCGUGGUGGCGGUGGAGACCGAGGCUGGGAAAGACGCGGCGGCUACCAACAACAACAACAACCACAACAACCACAACAUCCAAGAAACGGAUUUUCACCACCAUUACACUCACAACCAUUCAACAACGACGAAAAAGAAGGCAACAAAUCACCACCAUACGAAACACCUACAAAAUCCAAUUUUUAUAACCGAGGAGGAGGAGGAGGAGGAAGAGGAGGACAUCAUCCAUCACAUCCAGCUUCACCACCAAAUAACGAUACUAAUUUUAACCAAGAUAACCAAGACGAUUAUAACAGAAGACAACAGAAUAAUAAUUAUAUAAAAAGAAGAUAA